AUGAUCGCUGCGGGCAAUGAAAGCGCAAUGCCAGAAACUGCGGAGGAACGCGUGGUGGAAGCAGUGCGUGCAUUUCACAGUGAUUUGUGCAGCGGGUUAACGGCUCGGGCAAUUCACGAGUCUUCGAGCAACGCCACGGUUGCACUGCAACAGCUCACCGAGCUGCAUAGCCGCACAGUGGAAGACUUGAACGACCAGAUUGACAGACUCCAGAAGCAACUAUUUGAAGCAGUUGAAGUUAUUGAAAAACUUGGAGCCCAAUUCGCUAGAAACGAGGACGAAAAGUCGACAGAUGACCAACGUUCUUUUACUGUUGAUGUUUUAAGCAUCUCCCAUGGACUGGAAACCGAAGUGGAGGUAGGUCAGCAAAAUACUGAACACGCGUGCGAACGGGGUAGGGAAUACCGACCGUCCAGAGAAGAGUUGUCGUCGGACGCAUUCGCCACUGCUAAAAGUGGUAGCAGCCUCAGGGACACUGGUGUAAUGGAUGACGAAACAGCGGAUCCCUCUCUUCUUAGAGACUUGUGGCGUGGACGCAGGACACUGCAGCAACAACAACAGCAGACUUGGCUUGUGGACCAGAUCAAGGACCUGACAUCACUUCUGGAGAAGGUGGUGAAGGAAAACGCUGUGUACAGACGGGAGUUAAAGCUACUCCAUGCCACGUCGGUCCCUCUCGAGGAACACAAGAAGUUGCUUGAAGAGCGAGACAGGCUUCUCCACGACUGCAGUAGUAUGAGGAUUGAACUUCAGCGUCUACAUGAAGAGGUAGAGGCAACGUUUGACUCCGCGCAUGGAGCACACCGGCGGCAACGAGAUUUUGUAAGCAGUUGUGCAACUGCGAGUAGUCUUUCUGAAUACAAGGGGGAGGGUUCAUUCCCGCUACAAAUGCGAGAGCCAGAAGGGCUGGUGCAUUCACUGACUACACCGCUCGAAGGAGGGGAGAGUAAUGACCCAGAUGCCCAAUUCGCUGGCGGUUGCCACUCCGGGUUCGAUGAUGGUGCUCUUCUUCACACUGGACUCUGGAAAACGGCCAUGCGGGAGCUUGAGCAGCAGGCGGCACUCGCAGCUUCUCAGCUCUCAGCCGCUGGCCGGCUGCGCGAGUUAGACGAUCGUGUCGCAGAGCUGACGAGGGAACUGGAUGAACUACGCGCCUCGUACAAGGAACUCGCGGCAGAGGAUAAGUGUGUUCGUGAAGAUUGUGAGCAACUAACGUUCCGUAAUGCUGUUCUGUCGCAGCAAGUAGCGUCACUACUUGUGCGGGUGGAGCGGCAAUGCCGCAGCAUACAUCGGCUGUCGCGGCAACACGAUGAACAGAAAGAGGAAAUAGAAACGCUGUCCGAAUCGGAAGAACUUACCGAUCGCGGAAGGGAUGUGGGAAAAGUUCGGCACCGUGCGGACCGGGGUCGCACUGCCGCAGCUGCGCGAGCACUGCUCGAGCGGCGGAGCGCCGUGAUGGGCCAGUCGCCGCUCCCCUCAACCCCCACAGCGGGGAGAGGAACGGGUUGUGGUGUUAGUCAUGUUCUUGAUGUAAUGUUGCCUCAACUAGAGCCUCUGCAAGUUGAGGGUGGGCUUCGCUCAGCUGUUGGUGUGUUUGCCCGGGGACCUCGCCGGUCGGUGCACCUUCGGAACCUCGGUUCACCUCCGGUCACCCUUGAGAACACGCAACCCCCAAGGCUCCCACCAUGCGAGGAACUAAGCGGUGUAGCCCUUGGACGGCCCUCCGGAUACGCAACUGUUUAUCCUUCCCAACUGAAGGGCCAGACAGGUCCCAGCAGUGUGAACAGCAAGGGCUCUUUUUAUUCAGAGACUUCAGCAGCAUCCGGACUAGUCGUUAGCGAGGACGAGGAAGAGAACAAGCGAUUUGUUGAACUUUUGCGUGAGGACGAGAAUCUGGAACGGUUCUCCAUCAAUUCUGUGAAGGACUUACUAAAGCGCAACCAGGAACUGUUGAAGCAACUGUAUAUAAUGACACAGCGCGCAGAUAGCGUCCCCAAGCAGAAUUCAAGUGAGGUUGCGGCCGAGGAAGGAGAAAAGAGCCGCAGCACCUCAGAUACAGAAGCAGCAGUGCCACUGCAAAGAAGUAACCGCAAGCGGCGGAGAGAAAGCACAUCAUUUUCUGGCGAGGAAGUUAGGGAGCAGAGUGGGAAGCUGCAGAGGUCAUGUGAAGAAGUGGGAUCUCCGGACCAAGCGGUAAGCGACUCGUAUGUGCAGUUGGAGCGACACGUCCACGAGCAUAUUGAUGCAGUGCUAAGAAGCCAUGAGGCGCAGUUAACCCUCACGGACAAGGGGCUGGCGUCAUCGCUCAUUCACGUAAUCGAGCUAGGUCGGGAGUUCAAUACAAGUGCUGGAAACAAGCACUUUGAAAACUGGGUGGAUGUCACUGCUAAGGAUAACAUCAUUACCUCUCUCGUUAGGCUAUGUUUGCAACAGGGAAUCCGUGCUGCAGAUCAGGCUAUUGCACUUGCUGCGGCGCAGCAAUCGAUCGAUAUACCCUCAAUGAAGGAUUGUUGGUGCGAGGCCCAGCGUGUACUGAAACAAUCCGCCAGGGAACUUCAAUCCGCCGCCUCCCAACUUCAGCGGGACAACCCUGCAAUAACGGUGGUGGAGGGAAUAAGCAGUGCGUCUGUAAGUGCAUCUGAAAAAGAAGCGGAUGAGGCGCAGCUGUUGCAGAGCAUCACACAACUUCUGCGAACAGCUUCUCUGAGAGAACAUACUGUUCAGCGUGUACUAAGAUUGGCAGCGCGGCGUAUGCGUGCAACACGGCGAGCCUGCGACGUUUCUAAAUCCGCGCCGUUGCAGCCGUGCGAAGACACACAGGAACAAUGUGACCAGCCGGCCAGGGACAAAACCAAUGAGACGCAUGAUGUCCCGUUCGGUGAUACUGACGAUGACUGGGACAGCGACAGUGACGGUGACGAUGGGCCUCGCCAGCUUCGAUUACAAGUUGAUGCAGCACAUGCUCAGUAUCAGAAAUUGCUGGCGGCACACCAUGAGGAACGAAAGCAACACACUGUACUACUAGACAGAAUGUGGCGUCUUGAGGAAGAGAUGGUUGCCGCCAGGCGUCAGCGGGAGGAGGCACUAGAAAGUAUGGCAACGAUGAUGAAACGUGAAGACUACGAGGCAACAGUUGCCGCACUAGACAAUGCAAACGCGACGGUGGAGAUGUUGGAAGAACGUGUGAAGCAGCAGAGUGCAGUCCAAGGGCUCCAGCAACAAGAGCUGGAGCGCUGCAAGCAGGAACGCGAGGAGGAUGUGCGUCGUCACGCCGAAGAAGCCGCACAGAGGGCUGCUCAGUUUGCCCACAAGGAUGAAAUCAUAGCGCAUUACGCGUCGCAGCAACAGCAGUUGGAGCAGCGCAUCAGUGACUUGCAGACGGCAAACCACCAACUGGAGGCGCAGGUACAACAAGGACAAUGCGUGAUCAAUGCGAAGGAAGAGGAGGUGACAGAGUUACAGAAAAAACUGUGCCGGGCAGAACUUGCGCUGCUAGAGCAGGAAUGCACACAAGGGCUGCUUCUCACCAUGUUUCCUGGUGAUGAAUUCCUCGAAAAGAACAGUAACCUCAUUCACGAGCAAAGACGUGAGAAGGAAGACUUGACGCAACAGGUGGCUUUGCUGAAGGUAGAGCUUGACACUGCCCGUCAAGACAUGACGGAGCAGCGACUACAGCUACAGCAGGCAGUGCAGAUGCGACAGGAGGCGGAACUGCUUCUUCAAGAGUUGGUUCUGGGACAUAAAAGAACAGUUGAGGAUCCUUUAGACGCGUCGAGCACACAAACCUCUUGUGCGGCCAUGGCCUCUGAAACAUACCGAGCGGAACUCGAGUCAUUGCGGCGUGCUAAUGCAUUACUUUUAGUAGAAAAACAGGGGUGGGAAGAGCGGGAGGAACUCCUUCGAAGGCAACUCGACGCGUUGGGUCGUAACCCGGUCAGCGAAACUGCCCGGCGCUACGGGUUGCAGGGAACACAGUCAUUUGAGGAGCAACUUGAGCAAAUGCAAGUGCGUUGUGCCGAGUUGCAACAAAAGCUUGAAGAAGCGGAGGCUCUUCGGAUCACGCUGAAGGAACUGACGGAGGAAAAGGUCCAUUUGGCCUCCCAACUGGAUGAGUUACAAACCGUUCUCUCCGAGCAGCGAGAAACUAACAAAGCCCUCGAGAGGGAGAUAAAGAAGGUCCAUGAACGACUUGUGGAGAAGGAGGAGUCACACGAUGCGGUGAAGAUAACACUGGCAGAAAAGGAAGAAAUGAUCAACAACAUCAGCGAUGCGAUUCGCUCACUGGAGGCUCAAAUUAAGAAUUUGGACAGGUCUGUGAGCGAAACGGAAAAGGAACGAGACAAGCUGCUGCAAGAUAAUGUGAAACUUAUUGAAAGUGUGAAAGCGCUAACGGAGGCUGUGAAAAAGAAGGAGGCGGAGCGGAAGGCGGCUCAAGCGGCGUUGGCACAAGGACUGGCAAGUGCUUCUGCCUCGUCUCAACGACGAAGAGGUCGCACUUCCGGUGGGGCAGGUGGUCCCACUCCCGUUUCCAUUACUGGCUCGCUUGGAUUGAAGCCAUCGUAG